AUGGCAACCGCAGAACUAGCGACAGCAGCAGCAGCUAUAACCCUACAAACCUUCUUGUCUCCGAUCCCAGAAGUCUCCACUAUAAAGAUACUAAGCACCUACAUUCUCGUGAACCUUGCAGCUGUAGCCUGGUCACUGAGAGCUAGCAUUUUAGCAGACAUCCCUCCACCACCCAGUAUCGCAUGGCUCAACCUCGUCUUCCUCUCCACAGCAACGUCAUGGACAGUGAUCCAUCGGCUAUACUUCUCCCCGCUUGCCUCCCUACCCGGACCCAAGCGUGCAGCAGUAUCUAGACUCUGGGUAGCCAAUCAAUGUCGCUUAGGGCGCUCUGCCGCCUAUCUGGAGGAAAUUCAUGAGGAGUACAAUGCGGACAUUGUUCGUGUCGGGCCGAACGAAGUGUCAAUUAUAGAUGUCGAGGCUAUCCAGGAAAUCUAUAAGGGCCAAUAUCCGCGAGGGUAUUUCUAUGAGCUUCGCGCUAGCAUGGGCGAGAGAAACCUGAAUUCGGAGCGAGAUUAUACGCAUCAUGGCGAAUGGAGACGCUUAUGGGAGAAAGCUCUUUCUGCCAAAGAGCUUGUGAAUUACGACGGUCGCUUGCAACAUCAUGUGGAGAAGUUUCUUCGGUUACUCAAGAAUAGUGAGGGAAGAGAUGUCAAUACUAUCAAGCUAACUGAGCGUUUCCAGGUUGAUGUUAUAAUGGAUGUGUUUUUCUCAAAGGAUAGUCAAAUUCAGGAUAGUGAAGAAGAUACCUUCCUUUCAAACUUUGUUCACAAGUAUCUAGGCGUAGCUGGGGUCAUUGCCUGUCUGCGGAACGUGGGCGAGAUCCUUUCAUGCUUGCCCAGCCCACCAGAAGCGAAAGCAUUCGAAAGGGAAAUAGAAGAGAUAAUAAGUGAAAGACGGAUGAAGGUAGCGCCCCAGAAAGAUUUCAUCCACCAUUUCAUCACUGGUGGCCCUGCAGGGAGACAUUUGGUACAAGCGAAGCUCAGAGCAGAACUAGAUACCACAUACAACGCAGGCGCUGAACUGACAGUCGAAUCAACCCGCAAGCUUCCAUAUCUCAACGGAGUCCUAAAUGAGGGUCUCAGACUAGGCAAUCCAGCUCCUGUCGGGGUACCCGUGAAGACACCCCCUGGUGGUCUUCAGUUUGGGGACACGUAUGUUCCUGGAAACGUCGAGGUAAAAGUACCCUUUCGGGUUACGUUGACUGACUCACGGUGGUUCCCCAAGGGGGAUCGCUUCAUCCCAGAGCGCUGGACUGGAGAGAUGCCGGAGCUGGUUCGCGAUCGUCGAGCCUUCACUCCCUUUGGCUAUAGCGUGCACUCGUGCGUCGGGAAGCAGCUGGUUACGAAUGAGUUGAAGAUUCUUAUCGCGAAGACUGUUCAUGAAUUCAACAUCUUUGCCAGGGGAUCAGUAUGA